AUGUCCGCCAAGCGCACGGGCCAAGCGGCCAAGCGGGUAUCAUUCUCCUUGCCGCCAUACGCAUCUCCGCUACCUCUUAAGCCAUCACACACUGGAUUGGGUACUCUGAACACCUGGACUCGGACUCCAAUCUGUCCCUUUGAGACUACAAUCUCAGCACCUCCAAACGCUCACCUCCAAGCUCCAAGCACCUUCUCAUCAACCUCGAAGACUGACUCGUCCAAUCCGACUCGCAAUCCAUCACGUCAGCCUAGCUCGAAGACUCUUGUCUCUGAACUCUCGCCUAAUUGGGGCUUCGAUGAGCAAGAUACAGUGCUAAAUUGUGCCGGAUACGGACCUAAGUGGACUCUUAGUUCACCCGACACGGCAUCUACAUCGACUAGAAAGGACAAAAAAGAGUCUACAACCAAGCCCACCAUGGCCGAACCACGUGCGCGUACGGCCCGGCACAAGGGUCAAAUGAACUUUCAGAAUGAACUUCGCCUGCUCCUUCUCGCCUACGGCGACCCCAGCCCACACCCGAGCUUCCCGAACGAACCACUUCCCGAGACAGUCCGCGUGCUGGACGAAAUUGUCACCGACUUCGUGUUGGAACUCUGCCACGGCGCCGCGCAAGUCGCACACCACGCCCGCCGUCAGAAGAUCAAAGUUGAGGACUUCCGCUUCGCACUGCGUCGCGACCAGAACAAGCUCGGCCGUGUACAGGAGCUGUUGCGCAUGGAACGUGAAUUGAAAGAAGCUCGCAAAGCAUUUGACCAGAAUGAUGAUCAGGUUGCUAAGGAAGCUGGAAAGAAAGGUGCUGCCGCUGCGGCCGCUGCUGCUGCUGCUGGCGAGGAUCCUGUGGCUGCCGAAGCCGCUGCCGCUGCUACUGUUACCAAGAAGAGUAAGGGCAAGGGGAAAAGAGGUGCUGCAACCCGCCGUGGAUCUGAUGCUACCGAGGAGUCAGUUUCGAAGAAGCGUAAGACGAUUGGCUGA